AAUAUGUUAGCCUAACAAAUCUAUGCCGUACACAUUCUUUACUGUGAUAUAGAAAGCCAUGGCUCUUGAGGGGAAGUUGGAGACUCUGUUAGAUCUCAAGUCAAGUCCUGAAAAAUUCUUGACUCUCUGGAAGAAGCAAGCCUACGAGGUUCCUAACCUUACUCCUACCAAUAUUCAAGGAGUUCAUGUCCUUGAAGGUGAUUGGGUCACUUCUGGCUCCAUCAAGGUCUGGAACUACACUAUAGAUGGAAAAGCUGAGGUCUUUCAGGAGAAGAUUGAAUUGGAUGAGGAGAAGAAUAUAGUAACUCUUAUUGGUCUGGAAGGUGAUGUGUUCAAGAUUUACAAGGUCUAUACUGUCAUAUGGGAACUAACAACCAAGGACCAAGGGAGCUUGGCAAAAUUGACUCUCGAAUAUGAGAAGCUGAAUGAGAAUGUUCCUGUUCCUGACAAUUACAUGGAUUUUUGGAUUAGCGUGACUAAGGAUAUUGAUGAAGGAAUCUCCAAAUGAAAGGAUAUAUGCAGGGACUAAGUUUGGCAGCACAAAUAAAAUUGUAAUUUCUGUAAAAAAAAAUAUUGACAGCAAUAAUUAUUACUAUCAAAAGUUUACCGGUGAUAAUAACAUUAAAUAAUAAUUGCUGUUAUAUAUUUUUUAUUUAUAAUUAGUAAUAAUUAUUUAUGUUGCUGAUGUGUGUUAA